GCAGCAUCAGCCGGCGGAUGAUUUGGAUGAAAGCUAGUGACAUUUGUUAGGAGAAGAGAAUUCCUUGUGGUGGUGUCGAAGCUGGUUAAACAGUCGGUAUUAUGCCGCCAGUAACUUACUGGCCAAAUGGACUCGUCCUUCCAAAACUGUAUGUAUGAAGGUUCAGACCUACCUGAGAGGAACUUUUGUUACCUGUAUGUAAACCCGUUUGUGAUUUACAUGUCAACCAGACCUGCUAUGUUCCUAAAAUAUAAACCUUAUAGUUACAUUUUACAAGCUCAAGAAAGUACUUAUUGUCGUGGACUUGCAAAAUUGAGUCAGGGAAAUGCAGCCAAUCCAUUCCUACUGGUCCAUCUUCAUCUUUUUUAGAUGUGCUUUAUCAUCAUCAUCAUCAUCAUCAUCAUCAUCAUCAUCAUCAUCUUAAAGCACACAUUUGUGCUAUAAAAAUAUUAUCUUUACACGCUGGCUGAACUACUACGAAUAUUGCACAAAAUAUGAAACCCAUUCGUGAAGUAUUUUUCUUCUUCUUAACACCAACUACUAUUCUACUAAAAUAAACACUGUACAACAAUAAAUGUAAUUAUAAAUACUAUUCAGUCACUAUGGAAACAAGAGGAUCGCCAGUUUGGAAGGCGCGUAUCCAGAUAUUUGGACAGAAAUGAUGACGACUUCAAGUCCGACGGGAACGUGGAGUGUUCGGGAACGUGUGCGUUGACGCACUUGUGCCACAUGAAUCAUGGACACACGAUACUCAUCAAUUUGACCCCCAAGUUCAGGAUUUACAAACCCGUCCUCUAUCACGAACCCGGACCGAACCUUCAUUGGCGCUGUGGUCGUGCAGAGCUAUCGGGUGUCAAUCAGUUGUGCGUGGAUGCUGAAGGGACCUUAUCAAUCUGCGAUGACUGCGUGAGGUAAUGCGCGCAGCUGGACUCUGCGUGGGAAGACAUCGAUGCAGAACUACUCCUCACCGAUGUUCGGAAUGGUCAGCCACUGUCAGACGCCCGCUUUCAGCGACUUCACCGCGGGGUUGUCGCUCUCCGUCUACGGUACCAGGACGGCGGCGGACAUCUGCGCGAGGCGAGCCGGGAACGCCGGAUUCGGAUCCCAAAUUUACCGAACUCCACAUGAAUCCCACAUGAGCUGCGCCAGCCCGAAGCGUCUCAGCAGCCUGGAGGAGAAGUCGCACGUGUGCGCCAAGACGUCCUGCUUCUCGCUGCCUCCAGCAUCAGUAAAUGGUGCGUUCAGCUCCGACAAGCCUGUUGAUGCUGAACUGGAUGAAACUGAGGGAACUCUAAUGCGAUGUGAGCAGAGCCUGCCCUCGUCCACUGGAGGUCAUUCUGGGGUUCUUUACCCCCAGAGCUUUCACUGUGACAGAUCUUCUCCUGGCCUUCCACAGGACAGCCAGCAUCAUAACACCAGCAGAUCCUCAUCCACUUUCCAGACGGCACUCCCGGGUGGCUCACCCGACCUUGGCUGUAGCGGUACCAAUGGAGCCAGGUCCUCCCUCUGUUACCCAAUCAAACAAGAACAAACAAUGGGCUACAAGAUUUCCAGCAUGGCACUGGGACUCCACAAUGCUUCACAGGCAGGGUAUCAGAAUUCUACAGAUGGGAUACAUUUAGGGGUGUCGAGGGAUGGGAUGGUUGAAACCUCUCUGGCUGGAAAUGGGGCAAGCGGAGUUUGUGCAUUGGGUGGCGGUGGUAAUGCGUUACCAGAAGAUUCAUUGCCACCGUUUAAUAAUGAAGAUGGCUCCUCCCCGUUGGCUUUGUCCCCAACAAGCUCCCAUCAUUCACCGCGGCCGCUCACUGCUAGCAGUCUGAAGAGACGCUGCCCAUCUAUUGUCACGCAGUGUAGCCGUGCUACAGUCAGUGGAUCGCCGUCCGCUGCUAGCACUGCUGCACAAGAGAUUAAUAUCACCGCUGUCAUCCACGCAUCCUCCCAGAUGUCCAUGGUUGCUUGCGUCAACGGGUUCCGCACCAACCUCUCGCCCAGCCCCACUUGCAGCACUGGCUUUUCCUCAUCGUCUUCCUCUUCUUCUACGUCAUCACCCACAACCUGCUUUUCGAGGGAAGCCCCCUGCAAGCCCCCACCGUCGCAGAGCAGCCCACAGCAGGCCAAACUGCAGGAGAGCUGUCAGCUAUCAUCACCCGCCACCUGCCUGCUGUCCCUCUCCUCUUCAUCCUCUUCAGUGUCAUCGGCGGAGCCGGAGCAGGGCUCCAUGCAGCAAGGACAAGGGCCCGAAGCAUCCCUGGAAGAUGUGAGCAAAGGAGGAGGAUCGGAUAGUUUGGCGCUACUAAUGAGUGGGGUCCUGAUACCUGGGAUGCUGCACUCUGGUUCUGAGGCUGGCACUGUCCUGGAUCGAGGCCAUAGAUCACGCGCAGCCCUCAAACAAGAGCCGCUGGAUGACUUUUCACCCAGCGAAGACCAUCACCACUAUCAACAGCCACACCAUCAACCUGGUCACAGCGGACAUCUGCAUCACUUACACCAGUCUCCUUCUCAAUCUGCCAUGCCGCCACCUUACCACCUGCACCAAUAUGUAGCACCUCGUUCAGGGACUCUUUUGCAUAAUCAUAACUACCAAACUGUACCAGCCCCCCCUCUUGGACUCAAACAAUCCUCCUCCGUCGGCUCUCCAGGGACCCAUAAUGCAGCAGUGCGGGAAGAGUUGCAGGCAGAUAAGCAGGUGUGUCGUUGGAUUGACUGCAGUGCUGCUUAUGAGCAACAGGAGGAGCUUGUGAGGCACAUUGAGAAAGUGCAUAUUGAUCAGCGCAAAGGCGAGGACUUCACCUGUUUCUGGGCGGGCUGCAUUCGCCGCUACAAACCGUUCAACGCACGCUACAAACUUCUUAUUCACAUGAGAGUGCAUUCUGGAGAGAAACCCAACAAGUGUAUGUUUGAGGGCUGUAAUAAAGCGUUUUCACGUUUGGAGAAUUUGAAGAUCCACUUAAGGAGCCACACAGGGGAGAAGCCAUACCUGUGCCAGCACCCGGGCUGCCAGAAAGCCUUCAGCAACUCCAGCGACCGUGCCAAGCAUCAGCGCACUCACUUGGACACAAAACCUUAUGCAUGUCAGAUCCCUGGCUGCACCAAGCGCUACACGGAUCCCAGUUCCCUCCGAAAGCAUGUGAAAAUCCACUCGGCCAAAGAGCAACAGGUGCGUGGAAAGCUCCGGCCCUGUCCUCACCUGGAGCAGGACGCCCUGAGUGACUGUCUGUCCAUGCAGCAUCUUCAUGGCGCCGGUUCUUCACAGCACCUAUACACAAGCAAAGAUGGUCGCUCCCCUGGGAUGAACCAAGACCUCUUUACAGGCCUCUAUGCUGGCUCCAGCAACCCCCACCACAGUGGGUCAGCCGAGCUCCUCGCCCCCGCACCCAACACCGCACUCACCUCCGCCCCUGACCUGCCAUCCCGACAGCACCGGCUGGACCGGGACCUUGGAAGUCCUCAUCACCUGUCCCCGCUGGCUGCCAUGGACGGAACAAGAGACGCGCUCUCGGGUCCUCUCUUGUCUCCUGGCAUGAAGGGAAGCGGGACCCCUCCUCUGGAGAAGCCGCACGGUCACCAUCACCACAAGCCGUACUCCCAUUACCACCAGCAGCAGCAGCCAGCCAAUGAUGAAUACCAAGGAAGCUUCCAGAGCUGCUUCCACUACUCCGACUCCUACCGGAUGGACCAGGCGGUCGCCGGCGUCCACGUCCAAGGGGACUGUCAGUCGUAUUCCUCGCACCAGCACAACGGCUUCCACAUGUCCAGCAGCAACUCAGCAGGCUUCAGCGUGACUCAGGAGCUGCAGGGUGCUGCUGCUGGCUGUCAGUACUCCUCCAGCCAAGAGGACAGUAUCUUCUUCCAGGUGGGCAGCUUCGAUCGCAGCCUGAGCCACAUGUCCUCCGUUUACACAGAAACCUAGAGCCGCCUCCUCUCACCUGCUCCCACAUCACCUGGACUAACUCUUCCCCCCCUGCCCCCAGAGCUGCCCAGCAACAGGUCGAGCUCAGUCUGCACACAGGAUCCCAUAAAUCCAUGAUGCGACACACAGUGGAAAAUAUUCCACAAAACAUUAAACUGAGUUUGAGUUAUAGCCACAUGUGAGGAAUACAUUUAUGGCGAGUUAAAAACACUCAGCAGUCCGCUGUUUUCCAACAGUUUUUUUUCUUAACACAAAUAGAUGAAAAUAAGUAGCAUCUGUACAAAUCAAAUCAUUACCGUUGUUCCUUCUCCAGUGUGAGGUAUUAAUAUUUAUUUUAGUUGAGGUGGAGGCGAAGAACAUCUUGUCAUCCAAUCAAACCACAGGCAGAACAAACAGUGCUGGACUCAGUUGUUGUCCACACACGUUUAAAACUAAAAUUGUUUCCACAAAUCUCCAAACAUUUUGAAUGUGCAUGGUGUUUUUGAAUUUCAGAUUCACCCUUAUUCCUAAGGAGUUGACUGGUUCGUCUACUGUGGUUUGCCGCCUUACAGCAAGCCCCGCCUACUUCAUUUAUAAAGCCGAUGUCAAGCAAAAUUACCCUCUCUGGAACAUGACUUUUGCGUACACACCAGUGUCAGAUCGCAGCAACACAAAACAGGAUUUUGAAAGCUUUGUUGAAUUUAGUUAUCGGUAUUGGCACUUGUAGUGGAGUUCAAAGAGAAAACCAACCACUGUUGUUAUAAGCGUUAAGUAAAGUCGCCACGCACUUCCCAUAUUUUUACUUGAUACCUAUGUCAGUUAUCAGUCCAGGCAAUGACCAGUGCCGUCGUACAUAUUGGCCUGUAGGGUACCAGUGUCGCCUCCUUGGUACAGCAGGCUGCAAUCACCCCAUUCUGAGGGCCAGUACGCUCUGACUUCAGUUACAGCAGUGCAUGACAUCACGUGACCAUAGGAAGCUUUCCUGAUGUAAGUGGUCGUAGUUUGUAAAUGGGAGUAUAUUUACAUACAUACAUGGCACCUUUUUAGGGGGUUUUAUGACAUCAAUGGCAAAAGAUAAUAAUAAGUCAAGUGUUAUUACAGUUUAAAUAAAGUUGUGGACAGAGAAAAAAAAUUGAGCUGCCUCUGUUUAAAUUAAGUUUCGUCAAAAGACAAGAAAAAAAAGCUUAGCUCAUUCAAGAAAGGGUGAUGAGAACCUGCUGUACCAACUAGGAGGCAGAGUGGGCGCCAAGCGGCUCUUAGGAAGGGCUGAGAAGUAUUAUGAAAGUAGCCAUUCAUUUUGCUGAUGACGCUAUAUUUGUGUCAGUUUCUUAGCUAAUGGUACGUGCGAGUCUGAUUCCGUCAAACCUCUGGAAAACAUCUGAUGACCGGUGGUGCGUUCAUGUGCCAUUGGGAAGUCUGGAAAAGUCUUGCCCAUUGAAGGAUUCUUCCUUACUGUGGAAGAAAAGCAUUUGAAACGAACUCUGUCUUCAUCACGUUUCACAUCCCACCGCCACACAUGGGGAACAUUUCGAUGAAAUAACAAAGGUGUGCUAAUGGAAGUUUUGAGCCCCAAAAUAAAAUGUCUUGUGGAAGUGUUCAAACCAGCCUUGUACUUCACCGCCGUCGCGCCUUCCUCUCUCCUGUAAUCUGCUCUAGACUGACGUGUAGAGAUUAUAUCAUAUUUGCUGUGUUAUUUUAGCUGUGGAAAAUAAUCUUGCUCAUUUUUUCUUAUUGCUUUUUGAAUGUGUCGCGGGAGGAGUUAGAUGAAUCCAAAUACUUCACCAUACUUUAUUAUUAUAUGUAUAAAAUGUACAGUUUGUUUACAGUUUGUCAGUUCUCAAGUCAAGAAAUAAAUACCUGUUUGAUCCAAGUUGUUCGUGUGUGCCUCACAUUUCACAAAAUCUCAGUGAGCUUAUCUUA